UGAACAGUUGAUAUUUGCGGCAAUUUUUGGAUAGAUAAAUUGGCUGAAACAGUUUACGCGAAAUUGACAUCAUUUGAUAUUGUUAGACAGGAGUAGGGGAAAUUAUCAAAACCUUAAAUAAGAAUGCAAUAUAGCUUUUGUAAUAGUUUAUUGUUGUACGUUUAAAUUGUAUCGUAUAUCUUCCACAACAAAAACAUGGGUUCUACUGCCGAUAGUGCCACUUUACAAAAACUUGAACAACAUUUGACCCUUCUCAAGGAAGAAUAUACAAAACUGCAAAGAGGUUAUGCCGAUUUGGAACGAAAAUAUAGCAAAGCUGUUGCUACGACUGAUUUAGAGGGAGCUGGAGAGUUUAGCAGUUUUGUAUCUCGUCUUGUGCUUACUGUAGCCUCCUUAUAUGGACGUACAGUUUAUUCGGAUUUAAAAAUCAAAAUGCGAACAAAAAUCAUGCCAGCCCACAAGUUUGUUUUGCAUGCCCGGUCGGAAGAUUGGCGAGAGGAUGUGCUAAGCGAUGUUGAAGAAUUAGAUUGGAGUGAUAUGGAGGAAGAUAUAUCAAUGGCACUAUUGCGAUGGAUUUAUAUGGAUGUAGUGGAAUUGCAGCAUGACCAUUUAUCAUUGGGUUUAUUGAAAGCUUCGCACCGAUUUCAUCUUCCUGGCUUGUUAGGUCUGUGUGAAAGGGCUUUGGUAGCUUCUGUGGGUGUGCGCUCUUGCGUGCGUUUUUAUUGUGUUGCGGAAGAAGUUGGAGCUGCAAGUCUUUUAGAUUACUGUUCUGGAUUAAUAUCGACUCAUUGGGACGAUUUAACACCACAAGACUUUGAACAUAUGUCGGGACCACUGCUUUUCAAAAUGUUAAAAAACAAAACAAAAUAUCCUCUCCAUGCUGCAAUUCGACUGUUGCGGGAAGAUGUUGUGUUCCUGUGUUUAGUGGAAAAUGACGGAAAGUUAGACGAACUUGUGAAUAGUGUUGCUGAACAAGGACUUUUACCUUUGCAAAUGGCUCUAAUGGGUAAAAGUUUACCUAUUGCUCAAACCCUUGUAAAAAAUGGAUCCGCAAAUAUCAACGCAUACGACUCUAAGGGAGAUACUAUUCUUAUAGAUGCCGUAAAACGCGGAGAUAAAUUUUCUGCCGAAUUCGUUCUAAAAAAUAAUUGCGAUUUAAAUCAAACAUCAAGAUCUUCAGCAGAUACAGCCUUACAUGUUAUAUGUGCAUACAGUCCACAAACUAUUGAUGCAGGUCUGUAUUCGGACAUGGUUGGGGUGGGUCAAACAUUGUUGUCAAUGAAUCCUAACGUGAAUAUACAAAACCGUUCGGGUCAGACUCCUUUGCAUUUAGCUAUUGAAUGCGACAAUGUCGAAAUGCAGAACCUUUUGCUAGGUGUAAAUAAUAUAGACAUUAACCUAAGAACAAAUGACGAAAAGUGUUGCCUAGAAUUAAGUUUAAUGCGUGAUGCCGAAUUUGGUAUAAAACUCGCUGGAAGAUUGAUAGAAAUGGGAGCUGCAACUAAUCCAUUAAAAUCGGAAACGCACGACAGCUUGUUGCAAGUUUUAGCUUCCUCUCAUUUGGAAAACUCAGCUGUUUUUCUUGCUGAUUAUGCCGAUUUAAAUCAUAUUAACAGUCGUGGUUUUACUGCUCUGCACAUAGCAGCGGAAAAAAACCUCAAGAAACUGGCAGAGAAGUUACUUGAAGCGGGGGCAUCGCCGAAUAUUCAGGCAGGCGUUGCCGAUCUUAAAUCGCCAUUGCACGUUGCAGUAGAAUCGAAUGCGGCAAACGUUAUUGAAGCUUUUGUGGAUUUUGCCACUAAAAGCAAGGUUGGUUUUAGUGGCGAAACGGGCGAAAUCCCUAAUUUUAAUAUAAAAAAUGCAAACGGCGAUUCGCCGUUAAGUUUGAGUCUAUUUUUAAAUAGAACGGAGCUUGUCCCAAUCUUGAUAAAAGGUGGAGCUGAUGUGAAUACCCGAAAUGGACAAGAUAUGACAUUGUUGCAUCAAUCCAUUCUAAAUCACGAAUCAGAUAUUGCAGUUUUUUUAUUGGAACAAGGUGCCGAUUUGAAUGCUUUGACCGGAGAACAGGAGUCGUCCCUACAGUUGGCCAUUCAUUGCCAUAUGCCUGAGGUUGUUGAUGCCUUAUGUACACGUGGCGUAGCCUUGAGUGCGCCAAACAACAAAGGCGAUGCCCCACUUUGGACAGCACUCGAAUUGGAAUAUGAGGAUGUAGCACAAGUCUUAGUUCGCCACGGCGUCGAUACGGAUAACUGGGGACCUGGUCCAGAUGGUUGCCAGCAAACGUUGCUACACAGGGCUAUAGAUGAAAAUAAAGAGUCUGUGGCUAUAUUUCUUAUACGUAGCCAAUGCGAUCUUGACUCCCCUAGGCAGCUUGGACCAAAAGGAGAAGGUGGCGAUGAAGCAACUAAUAAGUCAUCGCCCCUCCAUUUGUGCGCACAAUGGGGUCUUGUUAAAGUUCUUCAAAAUCUAAUCGAUCAUGGGGCAAAUGUAAACGCACUGGAUGCAGAAAAUAAGUCUCCUCUUCAAGUCGCAAUAGAGAAUCAGCAUGAAGAAAUUAUAUCCAUUCUACUUUGCCAUCCUGCAAUCGAUCUGAAAAUUCGGGACAAGCACGGUAACACUCCAUUUGCAGCUGCCUUGGCGAUACGCAACCACAGGGCAGCUCAAAGAAUUCUUGAUCGUCUACCCAAUGCAGCGGAACAAAUGGACUCGAGAGGGCGAAACUUUUUACAUUUAGCCAUUAUGAAGGAUGAUUUAGAGAGUGUUUUAUUUUUGCUUGCUAUACAGGUUGAUGUAAAUUCUCGAGUUCAUGACGCCAAUCAGUCCACACCUUUGCAUUUAGCCGCUGCAUCACGCAAUGAAAUGAUAACAAGAAACUUAAUAUUGGCUGAAGCACGUAUCAAUGAAAGGGAUGCUAUACAAAAAACACCAUUGCAUAUUGCUGCGGAACGUUGUAACUUGGCAGCAGUUUCGGCCCUAUUACAAAAUGGAGCUGAUUACGAUGCCGUCGAUGGAGAGGGUAACAACGCUUUACAUAUAGCAGUUCGCUCUGGACACCUCACAAUUGUUCGUGAGCUGUUGACGGAGUCUAGCAUUAAUGCAGAGGCAAUCAAUAAUAAGGGUCGCAAUCCUCUGCAUGAACUUUGUCGAACUGGUGAAGAUAAAAAUGCUGCCGCCAUUUGUGACCUCUUUAUUGAAUCGAUGCCUAAAUAUCCCAUUAAUGUGCCGGAUAUGGAUGGUAAUACACCUUUGUUAUUAGCAUUUAUGCGAGGGCAAGCGCCGCUUUGUAAAGUGCUUGUGAAAAAUGGAGCUUGCCUUGGAACUGAGAAUCGGGAGGGGAUAAGCAUAUUCAACUUUAAAUUAGCAACCGAUCAACUUUUGCACAAACUUCUCGACCAGCUGCCACAAGAGUCUCCCUGGUCGGAAUCCGAUCUAUGUCAGGAGUGCAAUACAAAAUUUACUCUUACGAUGCGAAAACAUCAUUGUCGUCAUUGUGGACGUGUGGUUUGCUCAAAAUGCUCCAACAACGAUGUUCCCAUACUGAAGUUUGGCAUAAAUAAACCUGUGCGUGUUUGUGGAGUAUGCUUUGAUGUUCUUCAAGGAGUGAAUGGAAAUUUACAAUAAAAUUCUAAUUUUUCCUAAAACAGAAGUUGUUUGUAAAUCAUUCCGUUUUGAAAAUACAUA